AGCAGGGUGCGCUCCAUCCACAGCCUCACUACACCGGAGUGUCAUCCACAGAGCGGCCGCCUGCCUCUGCUCCUCCACCGGCUUCCCACAGCGAGCGGAACGGGCAUGGGCUCGGUGUGAAGACGCGCCGUCGAGCUGUCACCCCGCGUAAAAGGACAAACCAGAAACCCUCCCUUUACGCACGCAUGAACUCAGAAUAAUGAUGGAGUACUGGAAGCAAUGCGCGCUGUGGCUGAUCAACUGCAAGGUGCUCCCCGCCAACCACCGGGUGACAUGGGAGUCCGCUCAGGUGUUCGACCUGGCGCAGACGCUGCGGGACGGAGUCCUGCUGUGCCAUCUGCUCAACAACCUGAGGGCGCAGGCCAUCAACCUGAAGGAGAUCAACCUCAGACCGCAGAUGUCACAGUUCCUGUGCCUGAAGAAUAUCAGGACUUUCCUGGCGGCGUGCAGCGAGACAUUCGGCAUGAAGAAGAGCGAGCUGUUCGAGGCCUUCGACCUUUUCGACGUCAGGGACUUUGGAAAGGUGAUGGACACACUUUCCAAACUUUCCCACACAAUUAUUGCACAGCAAACUGGAAUCAGGCCUUUUCCAACAGAGGAGAGUGUUGAAGAUGAGGAUAUCUACAACCAUCUGGUGGAUCUGAUAGAUGAGAACGGGGUGGAGGAUGAGGAGGACCUGUAUGACUGCGUGUAUGACGAUGAAGACGGCGGCGAGAUCUACGAGGACCUGAUGAAGACCGAAGCCCUCCCUCCUCCGGCAUUUCACAAGCAGGAGACUGACAUCAGGAGCUGCUGUCUGACAGAGAUCAAGCAGACAGAGGAGAAAUACACUGAGACCCUGGAGUCUAUAGAGAAGCACUUUAUGACGCCGCUCACCAUGUUUUUAUCCAUGGUGGAGAUGGAGAGUGUGUUUGUGAACAUCCCGGAACUGGUGAAAGUUCACAAAUGUUUACUGCUGGAAAUCCAAGACUCAGUCCACCAGAGAAGUGCCCAGAACCUUUACCAGAUCUUCAUCACUUUCAAAGAGAGGUUGUUGAUUUAUGGGAAAUACUGCAGCCAUGUGGAGACGGCCAUCGCCUCCCUGGACGACAUCAGCAAAGACAGAGAGGACGUACGCAUGAAGCUGGAGGAGUGUUCAAAAAGAGCCAACUAUGGCAAGUUCACCCUGAGGGAUCUGCUGGUGGUUCCAAUGCAGCGAGUCCUGAAGUAUCACCUCCUCCUGCAGGAGCUGGUGAAACACACUCAUGAUGCCGCAGACAAGAGCAACCUGCGGACGGCCCUGGACGCCAUGAAGGACUUGGCUCAGUACGUCAACGAAGUCAAGCGAGACAAUGAGACGCUGAGAGAAAUAGACCAGUAUCAGAAAUCCAUCGAAAACCUUAAUCAGUCUCUGAGUAACUACGGGAGACCCAAAGGAGACGGGGAGGUACGGGUGUCCUCGGUGGACAAACGGGCCAAACAGGACAGGCACAUCUUCCUGUUUGACGCUGCGGUGAUCGUCUGCAAGCGGCGGGGAGACAACUACGAGAUGAAAGAAGUGAUCGACCUGCACCUGUUCAAGGUCACCAACAACCCCACGUCUGACAAGGAGAACCGCAAGUGGUCCUACGGAUUCUACCUCACUCACAACCAGGGCCAGAGCGGCUUCGAGUUCUUCUUCAAGACCAAAGAGCUGAAAAAGAAGUGGCUGGAGCAGUUUGGCAUGGCCAUAUCCAACAUUCGACCUGAGAACGGCAGCAACAACCUCCACGAGUUUUGCAUGCACACCUUCGACAGAAUCACCUCCUGCAACUCAUGCCACAUGCUGCUGAGGGGCGUCUUCAACCAGGGCUACCUGUGCUCCAAGUGUGGUCUAGGUGCCCAUAAAGAAUGCCUGGGCCGCUUUGGCUCCUGCGGAAAAACAGAUCCCGGCUCCGUCAAAACUCAGGGCAAAGAUCGAGAUCCAGGUCUGCCCAAGAUGCUGGUGAUCAGGAACUACUUUGGCGUGCCGUGCCCCACCUCUGGUGCACCACUCAGCAUCCAGAUGGGUGACAUCAUCGAAUUACUCUGCGCCGACCUUCACAGCCCCUGGUGGCAGGGCAAAAUCCUGUCGACGAAAGAGGUUGGCUACUUUCCAAGCGACGCUGUGAAGCCUUGUCCAUGUGUCCCGAAGCCCGUCGAUUACUCCACUCAACCCUGGUUCGCUGGGCCCAUGGAGCGGCUGCAGGCAGAGACAGAGCUCAUCAACAGGGUCAACAGCACCUACCUGGUCCGCCAUCGCAGCAAAGAGUUCACGGAGUACGCCAUCAGCAUAAAGUACAACAACGACGUGAAGCACAUAAAGAUCCUGACCAAGGAGUGCUGCUUCUACAUCGCAGAGAACAAGAAGUUCAGGAGCAUAUUAGAGCUGAUCGAAUACUACAAACACCACUCCCUGAGAGAAGGUUUCAGGAGUCUGGACACCACGCUGCAGUUUCCUUUCCAGGAAGCGGAGAACGCUGCUGUGCACCGCAUCAACCGGUCGGGUGGCAACAUGUUCACCCCCAAAGUGAUCGGUGUGGCGAUCGCACGCUACGACUUCAGCUCGCGUGACACCCGGGAGCUCUCGCUGCAGGAGGGCGAGGUGGUGAAGAUCUACACCAAGUCAGGAGCCAACGGCUGGUGGCGAGGCGAGGUCAACAGCAGGGUGGGCUGGUUUCCAUCCACAUACGUAGAGGAGAGUGAGGAGUGAAAUGUCUGCCGUGGGAGGAAAAGUAAGACAGAAUAAGAAGAAUGUCGGCAGUGGAAUGAGUGCACUGAGCACAUAACAGUGACAGACAGAGUGAGCGUCUGCAACGCUGCUUGCUCCAGGUGUCACGGCUUUACUCUCCUCCGCCGCCCGCAACCAUCCCAGAGGCCUCUGGGAGAGAGAGAGAGAGAGAGAAAAGGGCUGCAGCUCGCUACGGACGCGCAUGGGCCCGACCGCCUCUGGUCGACUCGGCGAGGCUAAGUGACUCCAUCAACUAGCAGCUUGCCUGUCAGCAGGACACAAGCCCUCGCCAGACACCCCCCAUCCCUCCCCGACUUCAUCCGUCCAUCCAUAAUUCCCCCUUCACCCUCUUCGUCUCCAGCCGCAGCCCCCAGCUCCCACCUGUUUCUGCUCGCCUAGUCGGUCGUAGCAAGGACUGUGAAAAGUCAGCGUUGAAAUGCAACUCUUCCAUUCAUGCGCUCAUCCAUCCAUCCAUCCACCCCCCAUGUGGAAAUAGACUGACCAGAGUUGCACUGACUGACACUAUACAUUCUUUCCUUUCUCUCUCUGAUGGAUCUCAGUCAGUUCUGACCUUGCCUGUGUGUUUAUUCCAUUAAUGCAGGUGGUUAUUGAUGAUUUGAUGACCCAGAUUCACACCACCCACACCCACACAUCAUCACCACACACACACACACACACACACACACACACACACACACACACACACACACACACACACACACACACACACACACACACACACACACACACACACACACACACACACACACACACACACACACACACACACACACACACACACACACACACAGGAGAUUUAAGAGAGGGAUGGAGUCGGAUAGCGUGGCUGCACACUGCCAGUAAUUGAUCGCUGUUGUUCCUAUUUUCCUCCUCCCACCUCCUCCAUUCUUUAUCUGCAGCCCGGCCUCUCAUGUUUUCAGUUGUCUUGGCCGUUAGCGAUCCGCCGCUCUUAUCGGUGGCAGCUCUGUCAACAGGAGAACGUUCACUGAGGGUUUUAUCUUAGUGGAGGCAUUAGUGUCGGGGAACACAAGCCACCUGCUCCGGUAACAUAAAACAGAGGAAAAGAGACGAGCCAAUCUCUCUACUUCUUUUUGUCUGUUUCCUUCGCUGCUGUCUUUGCUUCUCCAGCACGACUUGAGUUUUGUUUCAGCUCCAUCAUGUGCAGAUAUGAUGGAUACGGAAACUGUAGGUACAACAUCAGAAUGUUUCUUUUCCAUAGUUUCUUUUCCCCUGCAGAACACAACUUUGGCAGAAACUGAGCAUCUGCAAUGUUGAGAACUUCUUUUGACCAGAAAAAUAUAACAUUUUCAAAGGUGAAGUCUCAACACUUGAACUCAAAAGAAGUGAAAUCUGUUUUCAGAAACCUUUUUCCGACUUUUCCCUCUCGCCUCCCUCCUCUGUGCUUCACCCUGGUAUAUACAUAACGCAUACGUCUCCUUAAUCCACAGUGAAAAGAGGCUUUUCCCACAUUUGCGGGAAUGAAUAUCUUUAAACACGCUGCACAACGCACUUAUAAUGUUAAUACACAGCAACAUAUAGUCGGCGGAGGACAUAGAUAUAGAGCAGUGAUCAAAUUACAUCUGGAGGUGAGACUGAGCAGCUGGCACUGUGCAGCCAUGGUUCUUUGUAUUGUAUAACAAACUACACUCCUUUGUUUCAAAUAUGUACAUAUUAAGUGUUUUAUUUAAUUCACGGUUGGUGAUUUCUGUAAGGAGGCAGCAGUUACUCUCCAAAUUUUCCACAUGUCCUUUCUGUCGUCAUCUGACGUCAAAGAAAAGUUUGUCUUCGGUUACAUUCCCCGUUUCCCUCCUCUCGCCUCAGACUAACAGCACUUUCACACAUCUCUGCAUGACGUUUUUAAAAAAAAAUCCUCCCUGUCUUAAUGUUAAAUGGGAAACUGGUCCAGACAUUGUUGGAGUUUUAAUAUCACGUGAGGGGAGGGAGCCUCUGGAAACAGUCCUCAGGACACUGUUUCAGUUCAGAGGCGUCAUCCUCCCCCCAGCAGGUCUUCGUCCUCCAUCACAUCUCCAUCCUCCCGUUUUUAUCUUCACCCCCCCCACGUCACAUAUUCGUCUUCCUGUCACAUGUCUCCAGUGAAUCUCAGUAAGAACUUUUGCAUUGACUCAAUGGAGCCAUUAUGUUUGAAAAUGAUUAAUAACCCCCUGCCAGACCUGCCACUCCAUCCCUUUAUGACAUGUGACAAAAAUAUUUUUGCUCUCAGUCAAAAGAGAAGGAUCACGUUAAUGUGUGUUUUUUGGAAUCGUCUCACAUUUCCUAUUUGGUUCCAUCAACAGUGUCGUUAAGUGACCACUAGAUGGAGGCAUCCUAAACACAUCUCUUCCUCUCCGAGCAGUCACCCUGGACUUGGUGAAGUUUGGAGAUGACAUCAUCUGAUUAGGAGGUGAACAGUGUGUAUGGAAGCAGAGUAGUAGAUUUAGAAAACGCCUCAAAGUAUCACACUAAAUUCCGGUUUAUCUGGAUUUGAACCUGCUCAUCAUGUUCAUCAACACUUUACUGAUACUCCAGAAUCAGUAGGAGCCCUUGUUUCUUAAAACCUCCCUGAUCAGUCAAACACUAGAUGUAGAAAUGUAGAUCUUCAGGAAGUCUUAGAGAGUGGUGGCGGCAAGAAUGUGAUCCAGCACACGUCUCUCUGCCGUCCUGGGAGAACUGGCGAGGCAGAGCAGGCUCCUCUAAUCCACUCGCGCACUCCCUCCUCCGCCCAGAUGAGCCCUGACAGCGGGGCCAUUUACAACUGCAGGCCUUCAUCCCCUCCGAGUGAGCUCCCAGAUUUUUUUUUUUUCUCCCUGUGCGCAGGAGGGACGGGAGGAAGGCUCAAGGGUAUCUGCGAUCUAAUCAUUACACCAUCUCCUCACCUCGACGACCCGCCUGCAUCCAUCUCUCUGUCAGCUCCCCCUCUCCCCAUGUCACUUCCCUUCCCUCUUUCUUUCUUUACCUCCCUUUCACCGGCAUCUAUCUUUCAUCCAAUCUCCCGUCUUCUCGGUUUCUCUCUGUGUGCCGUAUCCUCGUGCCGAUGCUCCGUAGGCUGUAGCAGCCGACGCCAUAUGUUGGCGGGAGGAGAAUAGAUGAUUCAGUAUUAGGAGAGGAGGGAGAGAGAGAGAGGAGGGGGGAAGCCUCUCUAUAAACAACCACAGCAAAAUGAGCACUAGUUUAAUUUGACCACAAAUUAAUAGACGGAGAGAAAUGACGCCAAUUAGAGGAUGAAUUAGGAUUUGCUCACACCACUGUUAUCUCCUCAUGUACAGUGUGUGCACAGAUCACUUCCGUAUGCGGAGACACACACUGCGUACGUGAGGAGAGGCGUUUUGACAGGAUUCAGGGCUGAGCAAGUCUUAGCCCAGCAGGGGUUUUGGGAUACAAUCUCCUGAACCAACACGUGAGGACAUGUUCCGUACCCACCUGAGCAGAAACAUACCAGUCACACGUGAAAGAAUUAGGCUUUUUUUCCUGGGCUGAAACUCCUCCACCCUCCUGUCAUGUAGUUUUACCAUCAGUGUCCCCGUCUUGCCUGAGCUUUGCAUCCAUGCCCAUGUGUUGUUGUCCCAAUGAAGCCAAAGAUUACUGCUGUUCCCAGUGUACAUUCAGUGUAACGUCUCCAUGGUACCCGACCGCUGUGGCCUAACUCUAAAAACCGUGCAAUCCUGACUGUGUAGCAUUACCGUGUAUUGUUGCUGUAUAAUACUGUAAGAUAUGUACAGAGCGUAUAAUAAAGAUACAUAUUGCUUCUU